AUGAAUCGGAUUCUGUGCUUGAGCCUCACCCUCCUUCUGGUGGUGCAGAUAGCCUGGGGUGCCUUGCACACCAAGGAGCCUCUAGUGGAUACCAAAUAUGGGACACUCCGAGGAAAGCAGAUACACGUGGGGAAGACGCCCAUCAAUGUCUUCCUAGGAGUUCCCUUCUCCAAACCUCCUGUGGGUGCCCGCAGGUUCGCUGCCCCAGAACCCCCAGAGCCCUGGAAAGGAAUCAGAGAUGCCACCACCUACGCCCCUGCGUGCCUCCAGGAGUCCUGGGGACAGGUCACCUCCAUGUAUUUCAACACACACAAACGAUAUAAAUGGCUGCACUUCAGUGAGGACUGUCUGUACCUGAAUGUGCACGCUCCAGUGCGAGCGCGCGGGGACCCUCUGCAGCCCGUGAUGAUCUGGUUCCCAGGAGGCGCCUUCCUCGUGGGUUCCGCUUCCACUUAUGAUGGCUCCGAAUUGGCUGCCCGGGAGAAAGUGGUGGUCGUGGUUCUGCAGCACAGACUCGGCAUCUUGGGCUUCCUCAGCACUGGGGACAGCCAAGCGCGCGGAAACUGGGCGCUGCUGGAUCAGGUUGCGGCUCUGCGCUGGGUGCAGAAGAACAUCGAAGCCUUCGGCGGAGACCCAGGCUGCGUGACUUUGUUCGGCCAGUCAUCAGGGGCCAUGUGCAUCUCGGGACUGAUGACAUCACCCCUAGCCCGGGGUCUCUUCCAUCGGGCCAUUUCCCAGAGUGGCACCGCAGCACUCCAAAUCUUCAUCACUCCUGAUCCACUGAAGGUGGCCAAGAAGAUUGCCCAGCUGGCAGGCUGCAAUCACAACAGCACAAAGAUUCUCAUAGACUGCCUGAGAACACUAUCAGGGGCUGAGGUGAUGCGUGUUUCCCAGAAGAUGAGAUUCUUCAAACUGCACUGCCAGGAAGACCCUCAAGAGGUUGUGUGGUUCAUGAGCCCCGUGGUGGAUGGUGUAGUGUUCCAAGACAACCCCACUGUGGUCCUGAUUCAGGGGCAGGUUGCACCUGUGCCUUACCUUUUGGGUGUCAACAGUCUGGAGUUCAACUGGCUCUUGCCUUUUAUCGUGAAGUUUCCAAUGAGCCAUCUGAGGAAAGAAACCAUCAUCAAGCUGCUCUGGAGUAUCAGCACCCUGUUGAAUGUCACCAAGGAGCAGUUACCACUGGUGAUGGAGGAGUACCUGAGUGAUGUGGAUGACCAUGACCAGAAGAUGCUACAAAAACAUGUGAUGGACCUAGCUCGGGAUGCUACCUUUGUGUACUCCACACUGCAGGCUGCCCGCUACCACCGCAAUGCUGGCUUCCCUGUCUAUCUUUACGAGUUUGAGCACUAUGCUCCUGGCACUAUCGUAAAACCCCGCACUGAUGGGGCAGACCACGGAGAUGAGAUCGGCUUCAUCUUCGGGAGUCCUUUCUCCAAAGGCCAUUCCUCAAGCAAGGAGAAGGCACUGAGCCUCCAGAUGAUGAAAUACUGGGCCAACUUUGCUCGCUCAGGAAACCCCAAUGGUGGGAAGCUGCCCUACUGGCCACGCUACAACAGGGAUGAGAAGUACCUGCAGCUGGAUUUAACCACAAGGGUGGGUGUGAUGCUCAGGGAGGAGAAGAUGGCCUUUUGGAAGAGGCUACACCAGAAUUAA